UUUACACCCCUCCUCCGGGCACCUCAGGCUGUCACGGUCGCUGCUUUCGCUUCAUGAGCCUGCAGGGAGACGGACAGGGUGUGCGCUGACUGUCGUGAGCGGGGCGGCCCGGCGGGGCGGAGCACGGUGCUGGAAGCAGCAGGAGCAGCGGGUGGGCGGCGUCUGUUUGCAAGCUCACCUGAGCUUUAAGCCUGAAGGCCGUAGAGGAGGAGGAAGAGGAGGACGAUGAAGGUGCAUGGCGCGGCCGGUCGGAGACAACGAUGCGAGGCUACCCGGUGCCAGCCACCCCUCCCACCCAUCCAGCUGCCGUUGAGGUUUUGAAAUAAAAAGUUGAAUCACCGCGGUCCUUUCUGGAGGAACUUUUAGUCGCCUGGAACAAUGAGCGCCUACACCGUGUCGCUGCCCGGCCCCGGGCCCUGGGGCUUCAGGCUGCAGGGGGGCAAGGACUUCAACAUGCCCCUGACCAUCUCCAGGAUCACUCCGGGAAGCAAAGCGGCGCAGGGUAACCUGGUGCAGGGUGACGUCAUCGUCGCCAUAGACGGCGUCGGCACCGACGGGAUGACUCACCUGGAGGCCCAAAACAAGAUCAAGAUGGCUAACUACAACCUGGCGCUCACCAUGACCAAGGCGAAGCGCUCCGCUCCGAUGCAGACGCAGCGAUUCGACACCUCCAUGCCCAUGAUCCCACACCCACAGGCUUUGUCCCCAGCCGCCCCCAACGCCGGCUUCAACGCCGCCGCCCUGCCGACCCAUAAGCCGAUCGAGGUGAAAGGCCCCGGCGGCAACGCCACCAUCAUCCACGCGCAGUACAACACGCCCAUCAGCCUGUACUCGCAGGACGCCAUCAUGGACGCCAUCGCAGGACAGACGCAGGGGAAGGGGCCCGACGGAGGUCAAUAUGGUCAGCCUGCGGCAAUGCAUCCGGCCCCACAAGCCCCGCCUCAGCAGCAGUACCAGCCAAUCCCACAGCAGUUUCAGCAGCCGAUCCCACAGCAGUAUCAGCAGCCGAUCCAACAACAGUAUCAGCAGCCGAUCCAACAGCAGUAUCAACAGCCGAUCCAACAGCAGUAUCAGCAGCCAAUACCGCCACAGUACCAGCAGCCCCCUACUCAACAAGCCCCGCCCACUCAGCAAAGCUCCAUUCAGAUCCCUCUUGGCUCCACCCCUCCCAAGGUGGUCAGCACCGCAUGCAUCUACCCAUCGCAACCAGGUCCACCUCCUGUUCCACUUCAGCCCCACCCUGAAGCUGCUGCCCAUUCCCCGUCUCCGGCAGGCCCCGCCUCCUCUAACCGACCCCCCUGGGUGUCGGACACCAACUUUGCCGACAAGUUCGACCCCGGGAAAAUGACAACCACCACCAAGAAGAUCCAGGCACUGCCCCAGUCCGCUCCUCCGCCCCCAGCAUACGUCCCCAACCCAUCUCCCUCCGCACCUGCGGCUUCUAGCCCCGCCCCCUUCGCACCGAGCCCCGCUCCGUUCGCCCCCGUGGCGCGGGGUGUGGCCCAAAGGGCGGAGAGGUUUGCCGCCAGCAGCCGCACGGCUCUCUGUGGAUCCUGUAACAGCGUCAUCCGGGGCCCCUUCCUGGUGGCCCUCGGCCGGUCCUGGCACCCCGAGGAGUUUAACUGUCACUAUUGCCACAUGUCUCUGGCUGACGUCAGCUUCGUGGAGGAGCAGAACAAUGUCUACUGCGAGAACUGCUACGAGGAGUUCUUCGCUCCAACCUGUGCCCGCUGCAACACCAAGAUCAUGGGGGAAGUGAUGCACGCCUUGCGGCAGACGUGGCACACCACCUGCUUUGUUUGCGCUGCCUGCGGCAAAGCCUUCGGAAACAGCCUCUUCCACAUGGAGGACGGAGAGCCGUACUGCGAGAAAGAUUACAUCUCACUCUUCAGCACCAAGUGUCAUGGCUGUGACUUCCCUGUGGAGGCAGGUGAUAAGUUCAUCGAGGCUCUGGGCCACACUUGGCACGACACUUGCUUCGUCUGUGCGGUUUGCAAUGUGAACCUUGAGGGCCAGCCUUUCUACUCAAAGAAAGACAAACCUCUGUGCAAGAAGCACGCUCACGCCAUCAACGUGUAGACCAAAAAGACGGAGGCCCGCUGCUCUGGCCGCCAACGGGGGUAACGCUGCUGGCCAUGGAAAACCAACCCAAGUCGAAGAUGUCUGUGUGUAAAUGCCCUUCAUGCAAAACACUGUUUGGUUUUUCUUUUUGUGCAUUAAUAUUAAUGAUUAAAACGACGCUGCCUGUUGAUCCCGUUUCAAAACAGUAAAAAAAGUCAUGAUGUUGCCGUUCAACCCACAGUAUUUAUGUUCUUUUAAUUUUCUCAUGUUUUCUACCAAAAACUACCUGUGUGCUCAAUGCGGCUGUUUUAUAUGCAGUCUUGGUUGUGCCAAAUUUAAUAACAUUUUUAUUAAAAAAAGAAAUGUAAACUAUCUACUAUCUAAUAAACUAACUACAUAAAAGCAAUAAAGAUAUUGUUUAAUUUAAUAUUAUAAUAUAAUAAUUUAAUUAUUUGUAACUCAAAUUGCAUUUUUAUUUUGGACAAAAGCACCAAGAAGGUUAUUGUAAAUCUUCACUUUAAUUAUUAGCUUCAAAUAAUUUAAAAAAAAAGUUAUUUUAAAACACUCAAUUCAAAUUAAUUGUGAAAAAUAAUUUUGCAAUCAUAUUCUAAAUUGAAUUACCGUAUCAGUUUUUACAGACAAAAUUGUUUUGUUAUGUUUACAAUUAGAUUUUAAACCACACUAUUUUUAUAUGUAUAUAAACAUUUAUAGUUUGAUUAUAACACAUAAAUUCUGGGAAAUCAUAUGAUUGCCGAAGUGAGCAAGACUCAAGACUCUGUAAGCUUCUCCAUAUUUGUCUCCAGAAUAUUGCUCUCAUCAUAUCUUGGACUCAGUAAUGUGCCUGGAUUUAUAUAUAUAUAUAUUUUAGUUAAUGCUUAUUUGACACUCAACCUAACUAAUGUAACAAAAUGAUUUUAUUGACGUUUUGUUCAGUUGACUACAAUUGUGAAUAGAUAUCACAGAUUCUAUAAAAAGAAAAAUGCCCUCAAACGAAUGAAGAAUGAAGAAGCCUCACCGGACAUGUAGAGGUGAGAAAGGCAGUGAAUGUAACUUCACCAGGUGCUUCCUUCUUCCAACAUUCACCUUUGUGGUUGAAUAUGAAAUACAAGUCUAAGUCCACAAAGAUACUGUGAGAGCAUCCAGAGACAUAGUUACCCCAAACGAGUAGAUAGAGACACAAAGAUCACAUAGCUGCUAGACCCCUGGCUGCUGCAGAGUGUGGAUGGUGUCUGAUGAGUGUAGCUACUAAUUGCACUCUGACUUCCCUUAGAGCAGGUGUGACUGUGCAACAAAUAGCUUUGAAUUUCAUAUUACUACACUACUCUGUUAGUAUGUGAUGAAAUGAUAUUUAUUUAAAAGCUAAAAUCGCAUCACUGCUGUGUUCGGUGCUCUUUAAAUAGUUAGCUGUUUCAUUUUUCUUCUGGUUGUUUGGCAUCACAAGGUGAAAGAGUGUUUUUUGUUUUGAUUAUUGUGCUAAUGUUUGUUGUUUUCUUGAACUGUAAGAGCUUGAAUGUUUAUUACAAUGGCAUUUUUCACUACAAGACUACUUGAUGGCUGGGUUUAUUCAAUGAAUAUUACAGGAUGCUUUGAAGGUGUCCCAAAAAGUUCCAAAAGAUUAGGGGUUUUAUUUACUUUAUCUUGUGCACAGAUCUAAAACAAUGUGACUUUUUAGAGAGCAAAUUAUAUGUUUGUCAAGCUGAUGAUUGUGAGUACAAUCAUCACCCUCUUUUAGCUCCGUUUUUGGUCUUGACCAAUAUCUAUCUGUGAUCAAUGUAGAUGGUAUUUUAAACUGAACUCCUAGACUGGUAUUUUAACUUCUCCCUUCAGACAAACUUAAAAGAAGUGACAGUGCCUGGGAGCUGAACAUUUUACUGUGUGGGUUUCCCAUUCACUUCAAUAUGGGCGUAGUGUUUUUUGCGUUAUCUGGCGGCCGUCAAAAGGACUGCAUCUGAGCAAAACACAAAACAAAUUAUAAUCUAUUUCAGAUUUUUUCUUUGUUUGCUCCAUUUACCAUGUGUGUUACCAAUGAUGCUCUGUUAAAAAAAGAUUCACCAUGAAGUGUAACCAAAUUCUGUAAUCUUGUAGCAUCAGAUCUGAAUACACGGUGUGAAACGGGAAAGAGUUUUUUGAAUUAAGAAAUACACUCACCUAAAGGAAUAUUAGGAACACCUGUUCUAAUCUAAUCAAAAUGCGUAACAUCUAAUCAACCAAUCACAUGGCAGUUGCUUCAAUGCAUUUAGGGGUGUGGUCCUGGUCAAGACAAUCUCCUGAACUCCAAACUGAAUGUCAGAAUAGGAAAGAAAGGUGAUCUAAGCAAUUUUGAGCGUGGCAUGGUUGUUGGUGCCGGACAGGCCGGUGUGAGUAUUUCAAAAUCUGCUCAGUUACUGGGAUUUUCACGCACAACCAUUUCUAGGGUUUACAAAGAAUGGUGGGAAAAGGGAAAAACAUCCAGUAUGCUGCAGUCCUGUGGUCGAAAAUGCCUUGUUGAUGCUAUAGGUCAGAGGAGAAUGGGCUGACUGAUUCAAGCUGAUAGAAGAGCAACUUUGACUGAAAUAACCACUCGUUACAGCCGAGGUAUGCAGCAAAGCAUUUGUGAAGCCACAACACGCAAAGCCUUGAGGCGGAUGGGCUACAACAGCAGAAGACCCCACCGGGUACCACACAUCUCCACUACAAAUAGGAAAAAUAGACUACAAUUUGCAAGAGCUCACCAAAAUUGGACAGUUGAAGACUGGAAAAAUGUUGCCUGGUCUGAUAAGUCUCGAUUUCUGUUGAGACAUUCAGAUGGUAGAGUCAGAAUUUGGCGUAAACAGAAUGAAAACAUGGAUCCAUCAUGCCUUGUUACCACUCUGCAGGCUGCUGGUGGUGGUGUAAUGGUGUGGGGGAUGUUUUCUUGGCACACUUUCAGCCCCUUAGUGCCAAUUGGGCAUCUUUUAAAUGCCACGGCCUACCUGAGCAUUGUUUCUGACCAUGUCCAUCCCUUUAUGGCCACCAUGUACCCAUCCUCUGAUGGCUACUUCCAGCAGGAUAAUGCACCAUGUUACAAAUCUCAAAUCCUUUCAAAUUGGUUUCUUGAACAUGCCAAUGAGUUCACUGCACUAAAAUGCCCCCCACAGUCACCAGAUCUCAACCCAAUAGAGCAUCUUUGGGAUGUGGUGGAACGGGAACUUGGUGCCCUGGAUGUGCAUCCCACAAAUAUCAACUGCGAGAUGCUAUCCUAUCAUAAUGGGCCAACAUUUCUAAAAUAUGCUUUCAGCACCUUGUUGAAUCAAUGCCACGUAGAAUUAAGGCAGUUCUGAAGGUGAAACGGGGUCAAACACAGUAUUAGAAUGGUGUUCCUAAUAAUCCUUUAGGUGAGUGUAUAUGUCAUGUUAUAUAUUGAGAAAAAUUUAAAUUACUUUGAAACAAGUUAAAGCGGGGACGCUUGUUCUCUGCAGUGUGCCUUUUACCUCUCCUUGAUCUGUCUGUCUGACUGGCACACACUCACUCGUACAGCUAAGAUGUGUGUUUGUGCUGGUGUACAGUUUUUAAUUUUGCGUAUUUUAUACAGUUUGUGUGUUUUUCAAUGGGUGAAUUUGUGCAUGCAGAACGUUACAGCUUGUCGCAGCAUGUUGAGCGAGUCAAUGUCAGUACUGGUUAGUGUUGGUGUCACCGCGUCAGUGGUUAAAACUACGAUUAGCGUUUAAACUGGUUUUAGUGUCAAUGAGCUGGAAAAUGAAACAACAUUAUUGCCACAGUAUGAAGAAAGGAAAUGAGCUGAAGUAAGUAAGUAAGAAACUCCUGGUAGUUGAAGGUUCAGCUGCUUUACUAUACUUGCAAGUUGAAUAAAUUGACCACUUAAAACA